CCACGGUAGCAACGCGAAAUACGUCUGUUUCAGUCGGAAUAAAGCCGUACACAAUUAGAAGCUGGACAUGUGUAUAAUACUCGACGUUUCCAGCGAGUUCCGUAUGUUCGACAGUAAACUGCGUUAAUCUGAGCGCGGAGCUCAUGAGAAGGCGCAUGUGUGAUGAUGGUGUUGAAGGAGAUUCCAGCAGACAAUAUCACCCGUCCUUUGGGUCGUAAUGAGGUCAUCGGUUUACUCUUCCGCCUCACGAUAUUUGGUGCGGUCACUUAUUUCACUAUAAAGUGGAUGGUGGAUGCUAUUGAUCCCACACGAAAACAAAAAGUCGAAGCACAGAAGCAGGCAGAGAAGCUGAUGCGGCAGAUCGGAGUGCAGAAUGUCAAGCUCUCUGAAUACGAGAUGAGCAUUGCAGCCCAUCUGGUGGACCCAUUAACUAUGCAAAUUACAUGGAGAGAUAUAGCUGGUCUAGAUGAAGUCAUUACCGAGCUGAAAGAUACAGUUAUUCUUCCCAUCCAGAAGAGGCAUCUCUUUGAAGGGUCAAGACUGCUUCAACCUCCCAAAGGAGUGCUCCUCUACGGUCCCCCUGGCUGUGGAAAAACCCUGAUAGCUAAAGCCACAGCUAAAGAGGCCGGCUUUCGCUUCAUCAACCUGCAGCCCUCUACUCUGACUGACAAAUGGUACGGCGAGUCCCAGAAACUGGCUGCUGCCGUCUUCUCUCUGGCCAUCAAGCUCCAACCCUCUAUUAUCUUUAUUGAUGAGAUUGACUCCUUUUUAAGAAGCCGCUCCAGUUCAGACCACGAGGCCACUGCCAUGAUGAAGGCUCAGUUCAUGAGUUUAUGGGAUGGGUUAGAUACAGACUUCAACUGCCAGGUUAUAAUUAUGGGGGCCACCAACCGCCCUCAGGACCUAGACUCUGCUAUACUCCGUAGGAUGCCCACAAGGUUCCACAUAAAUCAGCCUAAUAUCAAGCAAAGGGAAGCAGUAUUGAAGCUUAUCUUAGAAAACGAGAAUGUGUCGGCUGCAGUGGACCUGUGUGAAAUAGCUAAAGAGACGGAUGGAUUCUCAGGAAGUGAUCUCAGAGAGAUGUGUCGGGAUGCAGCUUUACUGUGUGUACGGGACUUUGUGCACAAUACCGAUCCUGAGGGAAUUCCAGAGGACGACUACAUUCGACCCAUCGAACAGACAGAUCUCCAAAAAGCCAUUCAAAAGAUGAAAAAGUCUAAAUCGGCAGGAGUGCCAAAUAUGUUGAUGCAUCCAGCUCUGGACUGAUUCUUAUACUACUGUUGGAGGUGAAUUGUUUCUACUAGAAAUUACUGUUAUGUUUUUCUUCUUUUUAAAAAAUUUAAACACAUUGCGCAAUAUGGUUUGCAUAAGGACACACUUUGGUUCUGUGCAUAGAAAUAGUGUUUAAUCACUUUUCAGCUGAUCUAAGUCCAAAGCAGUUUCGCCCACCUUCAUGAUACAUCAUCAGAAGGGAGUUUUCCUGGUCUGGCCCAAGUAUCUCUUUAAAGAAUGGCCUGUAUUAUUUCGACCAAAACAACUUACUUUUUUUGGAUUGCAUGGAUACCUUGAUUCAUCCCGCAGAAACACUCUAGAACUAUGGAAUAUGCAGCUCUUACUGUUGUUUCUUGAUGUGAUGAUCCACCUUCUGAGAACAAAAUACUUUAUCUAUAUAAAAGUAAACAAAAAAUGUAAAACAUAAGGCUAUAUCUCAGCAGCUGCUUGAAUCUCAUAUCGAGAAUGGCUACAGAGGGUAGCCACUUACAGAAGGUAAGGGUACAGAAGAGGCUCCACAAGGCUGAAAUUGGCCUCUUUCGCCCGCUCCUUAUUAAAAUGUUGUGUUACGGCUUAAACGGGGCAGCAGUAACAUGUAACUGUUGCUCCGUUUAAGGUGGAUCAGAACAUUUUAACGAAAAGCUGGCUCACUUUAGCGUUGCUCUGCUAACUCACACAUUUGGGUGAUGUCUAUACAAAUGAGUUAGCAUAUCUCUGUCCUUUGUCAUUUCAAACGACUUGGCUAAUCAACCAUUAGAGGUAGGUCAACCAAACCAGUUUUUUCCAGUUCUGAGAACUGCAAAGUGGAUUCACUUUUAGGAAUAUUUUGGUUUGUGGUAAAUAGCAUAAUAGAAACCAUUCCUAGUAUCAGGCAUUUUCUAGCAUCACAUUAACUGUAUUUGUUUCAAAAAGCAUAUCUCCUUGCAACCCCUGUAUUGAAGAAAAUCAAUGUCGUGUAUUGUGACAGAAAACAGUAAAAUAUAUUGUGAUUUAAAGGGCUCAUUUGCAUAUGACUUAUUUGAUAUCAGUAUUGUGAAGGCCAAUAUUAUAAACAUUUAGUAUAAUAUUGUGUGGCCCUACUCCCUAACUCAGUCAUUUUUUCUGUUUAAGCCUGAGACACACGUGAUUCAGGUCAUCAAUGGCGUGUUAAUGGUUUAGGUGUAAAAGAAAAUGGAGACCUAGCAAGGAUUUUCUGGAGGGACCUGAAGACUAAAUUGAAUCCUCCUUUUCCAUAGGAUAUUUUGAACUGUGUGAACCAGAAUUUUUUGAAAGUACAUGAAAAUGUGCCACGUAAAAAUGUAUGUAUCACUCUCUGAUUUCUUAAGCCAUUUUGAAUUUCAGGUAGUAAAUGAAUCAGAUCAGAAAUAAGUUCAUUUGCAUUGUCUCAGCACAAGUACGUUCCAGGUUUGUUCUUGCUACUGAAGGUAAAAGCUAGUCUUUAAACAUGAAGUAUGUUUACAUUCAGGCCUUUUAGACAGAAAUCAGCAUGUAUCUGAAUCUGGAGUGGUGUUCAGAGAAGAGCUAUAGUGCUGUAUAAUAGUGCUAAUUUCUGUAUAUUUAUUUGCAUUAGCAAUAACUAGGGAUGUACAGAAUAUCAGUAGUUUGUGUUAUUACAUUGUUUCUUGCCUAUAUGUUUUGAAUGCAGCCAUCCUAACAGGAGCAACCACAUUACUGUAAAAUUCUACAUGUGCUGAUAUGUCUUCCCUUUUUUCCCCUGGUGUGUGAGAAUGGAAAAUGUGAAAAUGUAUGUAGUAACACUUUCUUAAAAUGUAUAAAAUGAAUAAAUAAAAUGAGUCUGCAGAGUGGAAUGGAGCACUCUGAGUAUA